AUGGCACCGCCGGCAAUUUAUGGAGAGCCAAAAAUUACCCAUGAAACAACGUCAGGGAGUGUUUUUCUUGAUGUAGUAGUUACAGGAGCCGACCCAACAAAAACUAAAUGGUUUUUCGGCGAUAAAGAACUUGAUAAAAGCGAAACUUAUGUUUUCUCAACGAGAGAUGAAGGUGGAAAAAGAAUAUUAUUAAGAUGCGAAAUCAAGCAUUUCGAUAAAGCAUUGGCGGGAGAGUAUAAAGCAAGAUUUUAUAGCAGUGAUGGAGAAAAUAGCGCUUUGUUCAAAGUACAAGCUGGAAAUGCACCAGAAUUUCAUGACAAGCCACAUAUUGUGCAACGUGAUGGUGGUAAUAUUAUUGUUAUCAAAGUUAGAGCAAAAUCGCCUUUAGAAAUGAAAGCAGAGUGGUUUAAAGAUGAUAAGCCUCUGAAAAUCACUGAUCGAAUAAAGAUGAUAACGAAGAAAGAUGAUAAGGACAAGGAAGGGUAUCAAUUCUUACUGGAAAUACAUGGCCCACAGAAAACUGAUGAAGCAAAAUAUAAAUGCGUAGUAAAGAAUGCUGAAGGACAAAACGAACAAUCGCUCAAUUUGUGUUUCGAUUAA